CCCCUCCCCCCGCCGGCCCGGCGUUCGAGCGGCGGCGGUUGGGAAGGCGCGCGCCGCCGCCGCCGCCGAGCGGAGCGUCAGGCGCAGCGUAGAAGAUGAAUAAUCUUUCCUUCAGUGAACUGUGUUGCCUGUUCUGUUGUCCACCAUGCCCAGGGAAAAUUGCCUCCAAACUGGCUUUCUUACCUCCUGAUCCCACAUACACACUGAUGUGUGAUGAGAGUGGCAGUCGUUGGACUUUACAUCUCUCAGAGCGAGCAGACUGGCAAUAUUCUUCUAGGGAAAAAGAUGCCAUUGAGUGCUUCAUGACUAGAACAAGUAAAGGUAACAGGAUUGCCUGUAUGUUUGUGCGUUGCUCGCCUAACGCCAAGUAUACUUUACUGUUCUCACAUGGGAAUGCUGUUGACCUAGGUCAAAUGAGCAGCUUUUACAUAGGACUGGGUUCACGGAUUAAUUGCAACAUAUUCUCAUAUGAUUAUUCUGGAUAUGGUGCAAGUUCUGGGAAACCAACAGAGAAGAAUCUGUAUGCUGACAUUGAUGCUGCUUGGGUGGCUCUUAGGACAAGGUACGGAAUCCGCCCUGAAAAUGUGAUUAUAUAUGGCCAGAGUAUAGGAACAGUGCCAUCUGUGGACCUUGCUGCUAGGUAUGAAAGUGCUGCUGUAAUUCUUCACUCUCCACUGACCUCAGGAAUGCGAGUAGCUUUUCCUGAUACAAAGAAGACCUACUGCUUUGAUGCAUUCCCAAACAUUGACAAAAUUUCUAAAAUAACAUCUCCUGUGUUAAUAAUCCAUGGGACUGAAGAUGAAGUAAUUGACUUUUCACAUGGUCUAGCAUUAUUUGAGCGUUGCCAGAGACCUGUAGAACCACUGUGGGUAGAAGGAGCAGGCCAUAAUGAUGUGGAACUCUAUGGACAGUACCUUGAAAGAUUAAAACAGUUUGUGUCACAUGAGCUGGUGAACUUGUAAUUAUCUUUGUAUAUUUACAUGUGUUUUCAUUUCACUGCAGAACUGCACACCUUGAUAAAUACAUAACAUAAAACCUGAAGAUUGUGUUUUCAAAUCAUCUUGGUUGCCUUCAUUAAAUGUACAGGUAAUGAUUUGUCAACAUAAUUAAUGAAGGUUUUAAUGCCAGUAUUGUAAAUUGGAAUUACAUGAUCGUGCAGUCAAGCUUGGUAGUUCAUGUUACUUUGUGUAAGGUUUUUUUCUUAGAUGUACAAAAAAAUCACAAGGAGUACUGUAUGAAAUUUUAACUAUUUGAAAUCAAAUGCUGUAAAAGUGUUGCCAAAUGCUUUACCAUAUCAAAACCAAGUUUAUAAAUAUUUUUAAACAUCUCAAAACGUACUGUGACUUACUCUCUUGCACAAAUGUAAAUUAAAAAACAGACUUCUAAGCAGUUGUUCUGUAAAUGUAAUAGCCGUGAAAUUUGAGCAAAUACUAAUGUAUCUAAUAGUCACUGGAAAUGACCCAUGCCCUGUUAUAGGGGGAACAGGUCAAACUAAGUCUCUUUUUUUCAUGUUUUUCAUAUUUUUUGUGUUUAGUUUUAGUUGUUUUGUUCUUGUGUUAUUCCUUCACUUUCAGAUUUAACAAAUUUACCCACUCAUCUUCUCAGCAGUCCUAAUCUUGCCACAACAAUCAUAGAGUCAUAAAAUGGUAGCGGUUGCAAGGGACCUUUAGAAAUCUAGUCCAACACCCUUGCAGAAGCAGGUCCACCUAAAUCAAGACACUCAGAAAUGUGUCCAGAUAGAUUCUGAAGACCUCCAGAGAAGGAGGCUCCACAACCUCCUUGGGCAGCCUGUGCCAGGGCUCCCUCACACUCACAGUUAAAUAGCUUUUUCUUAUGUUUAAAUAGAACAUUUUGUGUUCCAGCUUCAUCCCAUUACCCCUUGUCCUGUCACCUAAAUACAAUAGGAAAAAAAAGUGGUGCCCCAACCUCAACCUCCUGACAUCCACCAUUUAGAUAUUUGUAAGUAUUAAUGAGAUCCUCCCUCAGUCUCCUCUUUUUUAGGCUAAACAGCCCCAGUUACUUCAGCUUUUCCUCAUAAGGAAGAUGCUCCAGUCCCCUGAUCAUCUUGGUGGCCCUGUGCUGGACUCUCUCCAGAAGUUACCUGUCCCUUUUGAGCUGGGGAGCCCAGAACUGGGCACAGGACUCCAGAUGAGACUUAACCAGGGCAGAGUAGAGACAGGGAAACAGAAUUUCCCUCAACCUGAUGGCCACACUCUUCUUGAUGCGUCCCAGGAUGCCAUAGGCCUACUUGGCCACGAGGGCACAUUGCUGGCUCAUGGUUAGUUUAUUGUUAACCAGGACUCCCAGGUCUCUCUCUGCAAAGCUGCUCUCAAGCAGGUCAACCCCCAGCCUGUACUGGUGCAUGGGGUUGUUCCUUCCCAGGUGCAGGACUCUGCACUUGUCCUUGCUGAACCUCAUGAGGUUCCUGUCUGCCCAACUCUCAAGCUGGUCAAGAUCCCGCUGAAUGGCAGCACAGCCUUCUGGGGAAUCAGCCAGUCCUCCCAGUUUGGUGUCAUCAGACAGCUUGCUGAGGGUACACUCUAUUCCCUUAUCGAGGUUGUUGAUGAAGAUGUUGAACAAGACUGGCCCCAGAACCGAUCCCUGUGGAACUCCACUGGCCACAGGCCUCCAACUCUGGGUUCUGUUGUUGAGCCAGCUCUCAAUCCACCUCACUGUCCAUUCAUCUAAGCCACGCUGCCUGAGCUUUCUGAUCACGAUGUCAUGGGACACAGUGUUAAAAGCCUUGAUGAAGUCAAGGUAGGUGACAUCUGCUGCUCUCCCCUCAUCUAGCCAGCUGAUUGUGCUCUCAUAGAAGACUAUCAGGUUGGUCAAACAGGAUUUCCCCUUGUUUACUCAUCCUGAUAAUCAUCUUUUCCUUCAUAUGUUCAGUGACGACAUUCGGGAUGAGUUGUUCCAUCACCUUUCCAGGGAUGGAGGUGAGGCUGACCGGCCUGUAGUUUCCUGGGUCGUCCUUCCUGCCCUUUUUGAAGAUUGGAGUGACAUUGGCCUUUCUCCAGUCCUCAGGCAUCUCGCCUGUCCUCCAUAAAGGUACAGAAAUGAUGGAGAGAGGCUUAGCAACCACAUCAGCCAGCUCCCUCAACACUUUUGGAUGCAUCCCAUUAGGUUCCAUUGACUUAGGAGUGUUAAGCUUGCCCAACAAGUCUUUAACCUCUUCCUCAUCCACCCAGGGCAAAUCUUUUGUUGUCCAGUCAGUCCUACUAUCCUUGCCAAACUGGUCUUCCUGAGGGCCAGCCUUGGCCAUAAAGACUGAAGCAAAGAAGGCAUUCAGUAGUUUAGCUUUCUCUGCAUCCUCAGUCACCAAGGUACCCUCUGUGUUCAGUAGUGGGCCCACAUUCCCCCUAAUCUUCCUUUUGCUCCUGAUGUACCUGAAACACCCCUUCUUCUUUUCUUAACUUUCCUAGUCAGGUUAAAUUCUAAAAUGGCUUUAACCUUCCUGGUUACACCCCUGCAUGCCCUGGCAAUGUUCCUAUACUCUUCCCAAAAAGCCAGCCCCUGUUUCCGCCUCUCACAGAUGGCUGCUUUGUGCCUGAGUUAUCCCAGCAGUUCUUUGUUCAUCUGUGGAGACCUCCUCCCUCCUUUUCCCACUUUUCUACUUGUGGGGACACACUGAUCCUGGACUUGGAGGAAGUGGCACUUGAAGAUUGACCAGCUCUCUUCACACUUUCUACCAUCUAGGAUCCUAGCCUAUGACAUCCCUCCAAGCAGGUCUUUGAAGAGGCCAAAGUCAGUUCAUCUGAACUCUAGAGUCACAGUCCUGCUUGGUGCCCUGCUUCUUCCACACAGGAUCUUGAGCUCUACCAUCUCAUGGUCGCUGCAGCCAAGGUUGUCUCCAGCUUUCACAUCCCCAACCCAGAGCCUCCCUCUUUUUCAGUACUAGUGCAGGGGCUGACUCAAACACACAGCUUUCCCUGCAUGGGUGCAAGAGGAUCCUCCCUGAUUAUACACUCCCUUGGAUUGGUAAGCCUUAUGCAUCUCAUCUUGGUGUGCAGCUGAGGAGCCCUCAUCAUGCAUUCCCUGCUCUGCCCUGUUUCCCAGUUAGAUGGUAUGGCUUGUUCUUUGACAUUUCACAACCCACCCCCCCAUGUCCUUCAGUUUAAAGCCCUCUUAAUGAAGUUGUCCAGCCUAUUCCCAAAUAUUCCAGUGCCCUUGUGAGAGAGGUAUAUUCCAUUCUGCCCUAUCCGAUUACAGUCCCCAAAGAAGGUUCCAUUGUCAUAAAAACCAAAACCUUGUCAGCACCAGCCUCUUAGCCAGGACUAAUUGUGCAAUUUUUGCAUUAGUGACUUCCCCUUUUCUUCUGGUGGACACAAUGGAAGAGAAAUGCCAGAAGUUAACAUUAUUGUAACAUUAAUAUCAUACACAUAAUUGCUACUGAGGCCAUUAAAGUACUUUGAAAGCAGUAAAACUUUUUAAAUCCCAGAAGGCUUUGUGGACAGUAUAGUUUUAAACAUGUGUAGAGAUGCAAUAUUUCAUUAGAAAUAAUUGGGAAAUUUAUCCAACUUUGUAAUAAGCAAUUUACAAGUUAGCAGUUGUCUGAUCCAGCUUACUUUUGAAUGUUUGGUGUAAAAGCUUAUUGUAUUUUGAGUAUUGUAUGGAAAUUUUACUAAUUGCACCUGGAUAAGAUGGGGAUAGGGGCAAGAAGAGAAUGUUGACAUUUUUCUACUAACUCAGUAAAAUAAACUUUGUAAGUUGCCUUUCCCUUGAAUGCAUUUUGAGUAAAUAAAACUAUGAAAAGUAAACUUAGUUAUAUGUAGACUCUUUGUUAACAAGGUUAAUAUUCCAGGAAUACACACUGUGCUUCUAAUUUCAAGGCCUUAUGUAGUUUAAUUGUUCUGCUUGGGUUUUUUGUGAUUUGAGACUAUUGUAUACUUAAAUGUAGCUUCAAGUGUUGUGAAAACUUUGGUUAAG